AUGGAAUCACCAAGCAUGAAGCAGCGCAGUGGCAGCUCUUCAGGGGCAUCGGUCUCUACGGCCGAUGAAAAAAACACUGAUAUGUCGACAAAUCAGCCGGCAGAGUCACUGGAGUCAAAGCAGAAAGCCAAAGCCAGAGCGGAAAAGGCCGAAGCCAUCCGCCGAGCAUGCGACACGCGUGACAUAGUGACAUUGAUAUCAUGUGCCACCGCCGAAGGCGGGCUCCUUGAUGAUGAGCUGCGUCGACGAGCCUGGCCAAUCCUAUUACAAUGCGAUGAAGGCACACGACUUGAUAAUCCAAAGCCGCUGAUUGACCUGUCACGACAUGCCGAUGAGGACCAGGUGCAGUUGGACGUCGACCGUUCCUUUGUCUACUAUCCAAGUGCCCCCGCAGAUGAGCUUUCUGAAAAAAAGGAGCAAUUAUCAGAUCUAAUCACCCAGAUCCUCAGAAAUCACCCCAUGCUAUGCUACUUUCAGGGCUACCAUGAUAUUGUGCAAGUGCUUCUCUUGGUCCUGGGCAAGCAGAAAGCUUUGCCAGCUAUGACACAACUAUCUCUCUUCCGCAUCAGGGACUAUAUGCUCCCCUCCCUUUCCCCAGCCGUGAAGCACCUGCAACUCAUUCCAGCCAUUAUCGAAACUGUCGACCCGGAGUUGCGGCGUCACCUCUCCACCAUCCAGCCAUUCUUUGCCCUUGCAGCCACACUCACACUCUAUGCCCACGACAUCCAGGAGUACAGUGACAUCGCCCGACUCUUUGACUACCUCUUGGCCCGUGAACCGGUCGUUGCCAUCUACCUGUUCGCGGCAAUCAUUUUAUCCCGAAAGAAAGAGCUUCUUGAAAUUCCCUUGGAAGAACCAGAAAUGCUUCACUUCAAACUUUCGAAAUUACCCUGUCCGCUUGACUUGGAUGGUCAUAUCUUGAGCGCGGAGCAGCUCUUCAAGGAUCAUCCGCCCGAGUCUCUACCUUUCGGGGCAUGGAAGCGUAUCCCUAGCUGCAGCGUUCUCAAGACAUCACGAGAUGUGUACCACAAAUAUACUGUGGAAGAGGCUGAACGACUGUUUGAGCAGCAGACCCGACAACUGCGGAACGAGGAGCGCCGUAAGCAAGCGCUUGAAUUCGCGUGGAAACACCGUCGGGCUGUUGCUUCUGUGACAAUGGCCAUUAUGAUCGGUGCUGCAUCAAUCUACAUUCGCAAAAAAGGUCUCGAUACGUCCAUUUGGUCUUAUGUUGGUUGGCUCCAGGGUGUGUUCAAAAGUUAG